CCGGCCCGCCGCGUCCCGCCGCCACCAUGAGCUCCACGCAGUUCAACAAGGGGCCCUCGUACGGGCUGUCGGCCGAGGUCAAGAACCGGCUGCUGUCCAAAUAUGACCCCCAGAAGGAGGCAGAGCUCCGCGGCUGGAUCGAGGGGCUCACAGGCCUGUCUAUCGGUCCCGACUUCCAGAAGGGUCUGAAAGAUGGAGUGAUCCUGUGCACACUCAUGAAUAAGCUGCAGCCGGGCUCGGUCCCCAAGAUCAACCGCUCCAUGCAGAACUGGCACCAGCUGGAAAACCUGUCCACCUUCAUCAAGGCCAUGGUCAGCUACGGCAUGAACCCCGUGGACUUGUUUGAGGCCAACGACCUGUUCGAGAGCGGGAACAUGACGCAGGUGCAGGUGUCUCUUCUCGCCCUGGCCGGGAAGGCCAAGACAAAGGGGCUACAGAGUGGCGUGGACAUUGGCGUCAAAUACUCAGAGAAGCAGGAGCGCAACUUCGACGACGCCACCAUGAAGGCGGGCCAGUGUGUCAUCGGGCUCCAGAUGGGCACCAACAAGUGUGCCAGCCAGUCGGGCAUGACGGCCUACGGCACAAGAAGGCAUCUGUACGACCCCAAGAACCACAUCCUGCCCCCCAUGGACCACUCGACCAUCAGUCUCCAGAUGGGCACCAACAAGUGUGCCAGCCAGGUGGGCAUGACAGCUCCGGGGACCCGGCGGCACAUCUACGACACCAAGCUGGGGACCGACAAGUGUGACAACUCCUCCGUGUCUCUGCAGAUGGGCCACACGAAGGGUGCCAACCAGAGCGGCCAGGUCUUUGGCUUGGGGCGCCAGAUCUGUGACCCCAAGUACUGCCCUCAAGGCCCCGCAGCCGAGGGCAGUGUGGGCGACUGCCCUGGCCCAGGGGAGGCCCCAGAGUGCGUCCCCUACUGCCCCCAGGAGGAGGCUGGUUACUGAGGCGCCCGUGCGGGCGUCUCCACACAUGGCUGCAUGUGGUUUUGGGGUUCUUCUGUGCUUGUCUUGUUUUUCUCCUUGUCUGAGCGCUGCCGGCUGAGAGCUUAUGGGGAAGGGGUGAAGCAGGGGCAGACCUGCGCGGUGGGAGGGCUCCAGCCACCGCAGAUUUCCCAGCAGGCUUUGGGCUUGAGCCGUGGGGGUUUGAGGAAGACACCGGGGCGGGGAGGGGACCAGCCCUGAAUGGUUUCCGGUUGCCUCUCCUUUUCUUCCCUUUUCUCUUCUGAUCAGUUUGUGGUUUCUGUACCCACAGAAGUUUCAGGCAGUUUUAAUGAAAGAAAUUUUUCUUCUUUUUUUUUUGAGGAGCAGUGGUGGGAGGAUGGC